CUUUCUGCCGCCGCAACGGAAGCAGGAACUGGGGAGGCACACACCCCGCGGGCCGGCCGGGCGCUGCGGAGCAUCCCUGCCGCCGUCGCCGGGACCCUCGCGCGGACCUGCAGCUCUCCCUCGGGGGCGCCCGGGGCUGCCCUCGAGCGGGUGGGACACGGGGGUCCCCAGGUCUGGCGCCACCAGAGAGAAAUUCCAUGAUCUGUACAAUCUUCUUGAAGCAAACUCAGACCAGAGGAUUAUCCUUGACCUUGGAAGACUAAGGCUAAACUGAAAUUUAAAAUGUUCUGUAGGGAAGAAUGGAGCUUGACUUACACUUUUGUAAUGAUUUGUUUCCUGACCCUAAGGCUGUCCACCGGUCAGAACUGCCCCACCACAAGCCUAGAAGAUGUUGUCAUUGACAUCCAGUCAUCUCUUUCUAAAGGAAUUAGAGGCAAUGAACCCAUACAUACAUUAACUCAGGAAGACUGCAUUAAUUCUUGCUGUUCAACAAAAAAUAUAACAGGAGACAAAGCGUGUAACUUGAUGAUCUUCGACACUCGAAAAACAACGAGACAGCCCAACUGUUACCUGUUUUUCUGUCCCACUGAGGAGGCCUGUCCACUGAAACCAGCAAAGGGACUUAUGAGUUACAGGAUAAUUAGAGGCUUUCCAGCUCUGGCCACAACUCAUUUGCCAAGCCGAGAGUCAACCCAGGAGGGUCCUCUCCUGGUCCGUGGCCUGUCUCCGCAGGCAGUCACUCCCACACCCCCUCCUGUGACAAGGUCUUCAGAGCCCACUGGCAGCUUACGGCAAGGGGCCCUUUUGCAGAAGCUGGGAUCCUCACGUCACUCGGAGAAACUGUUCGAGAUCGAUCAAGCGAGUACACAGUUCUCUGCUUAUAAAGAAAAAGGCCAUUCUCAGAGUUCACGGUUUUCCUCAGAACAAAACAGAGUUCAUCUGCCGCCUGAAAAGGUGACCACGCUCCCCACUACCGUGGCUGUUUCCUCUCCGCGGAUCACCUCUGUCACCCCAAAGCCUGCGUUCCCCCCCACCGCCAAUGCGCCAGUGAUACCUUCUGUGACUUCUGAGCCAGAGGGGGUCCCCUCAGCUCUGCCCCUCGCUGUGGCCACGUCUCAGCCCCCCACAAGCCUCUCAUCCACAAUGUUGGCACGUGCUGUGGUUACACCCAAAGCCAGCGUGACUACCACAGCAGCAAUUUCAAACACCAUCUUUGAGGCGCCUACCGAUGGGAAAGGCCCCCCAGAAACAGUGCCCGUUAGAGAAAUUUCCGACCUGUCUUUGAACACAGAGGAUGCCUAUAACCCUGCCACGCUUUCUUUGUCAACUGUGGCUUCUUCCGCAGCCACACUGCUUCUGUCAAAUGUGGAUUCUUCUGCUCCGAACCAGACUGCUUCCCAGGAGAAUGGGAAGGCCAGUCCAGGUGGUUCCUCCCUGAAGAGUGUUCCAGAAAGUCAGCACAGCCUUCCCUUUGAAAAAUGGCUCCUCAUCGGAACCCUGCUCUUUGGCGUUCUGUUCCUAGCCAUAGGGCUUGUCCUCUUGGGUAGAAUCUUCUCAGAAUCUCUCCGCAGGAGACGCUAUUCAAGACUUGAUUAUUUGAUUAAUGGGAUCUAUGUUGACAUCUAAGGGGGAAGCUAGAUGUCUCUUAAUCCAUGAGCUUCCCGGUAGCUCGAACACAGUGACUUUCUGCUCACUCGCUGAUCUUAGCAGGAGUAUCUUGAAGACAGGCAAAUGCCCCCUACCACUUUCUUUUUGCUCGUUUUUUUUUUUUUUUUUAAGACAAUGGGAGAAAGAAAACAAAUUAGAUUAUAUGAGUGAUCUAUCUCUAAAGUAUUCGCUGAAAACAAAGCUCUACCUAAAGCAAUAAAGUAUAAUUGGCAUAUAAAUUCAAAAAUGACUGGCUGUUUGCAAGAAGUGGCUGGGACUUCUAGGCUGCAGUUCAUUAGCAUUGCUGUUUCCAGAUAAAGUCAACUGUUUAUGAUAUUAAUGCUAAUGGAUUUACUCUCCUUUUUAUAUGAAUUCCAAUAAAACUUAUUCCAGAUGUAUUUCCUUCCAAUUAAAUAUUUGAAUAAAUCUUUUGUUACUCAGUAA